CCUGUACUAUGUCUGCAGUCUCUGGUCAUAUCCUGUACUGUGUCCGCAGUCUCUGGUCAUCCUCUGUACUGUGUCCGCAGUCUCUGGUCAUCCUCUGUACUGUUCUGCAGUCUCUGGUCAUCUCCUUUACUAUGUAUGCAGUCUCUGGUCAUCUCCUGUACUGUGUCCACAGUCUCCGGUCAUCUCCUGUAGUAUGUCCGCAGUCUCCGGUCAUCUCCUGUACUAUGUCCGCAGUCUCUGGUCAUCUCCUGUACUGUGUCCGCAGUCUCUGGUCAUCUCCUGUACUAUGUCUGCAGUCUCUGGUCAUUCCCUGUACUAUGUCCGCAGUCUCUGGUCAUCUCCUGUACUGUGUCCACAGUCUCCGGUCAUCUCCUGUAGUAUGUCUGCAGUCUCCGGUCAUCUCCUGUAGUAUGUCCGUAGUCUCCGGUCAUCUCCUGUAGUAUGUCCGCAGUCUCCGGUCAUCUCCU